AUGCCUAUCACAGCUUUCACCACGCAGGAGAAGUACAAGUACUUGGAUAGGCUCCGCGACUACCAUCAAUCUGAAGCCUUACCUGGUGCAAACCCGAUUGCGCAGAACAGCCCCCAAGUUGGGCCAUAUAAGUUGCUCACCGAGUGUCUGUCAGGAACCGCCUUUGCUAGUCCUCGGGCUAUUAGCAGCCAAACUUGGUUGUACCGAGUAUCAGCCUCACUCAACCGUGGAAAGUAUGUUCCAUAUCCGAGUCAACUCACCUCUGCAACUGAGAACGAGAUACCCUUGACCUAUGACCCAAAUCGUCUCACAUGGAAAGAUUUCGGAAUGGAGCCAGGCCAUGACUGGGUCACUUCCCAGAAGGUUGUUUGUCAGUCAGGAGAGAUUAGUACUAAAACAGGUUUAGCAUACUCUGUAUAUGCGGCUACAGAAGAUAUGCCUCCAAAUUCCGCCUUCUUCUCAUCUGAUGGUGACUAUCUUAUUGUGCCACAGUCAGGCGUGUUGGAUAUUCAAACUGAACUCGGCCACAUUCUGCUAAGACCAUGCGAGAUCGCGGUAAUUCCUCGGAGGAUCAAAUAUCGAGUCAAUCUGGUAACCAGACCUGCUCGUGGUUACAUUUGUGAACUAUUCCAUGGUCAUUAUCAGCUGCCUGAACUUGGUCCACUGGGUACAUCUGCACUUGCCAAUCCACGCGAUUUUCAAGUCCCGACGGCUUUCUUCGACGGCACAGUCAGUGAUGGUGUAGCUACCUGUGAGACUGCCGAUUGGACCUUGAUUAACAAGUUCAACGGUAGACUAUUUUCCUGUACCAGGGACCAAACGCCAUUCGACGUUGCAGCAUGGCAUGGCACAUACUAUCCAUACAAGUACGAUCUGGGGCGCUUCAACGUUAUUGGAAGCCUUCUUUACGAUCACCCCGAUCCAUCAAUCUUUACAGUUCUUACCGCACCCUCAUACCGUGAACCAGGAACUGCCUUGAUCGACUUUGCUGUCUUCCCUCCACGUUGGCAGGUAAUGGAAGACACCUAUUGGCUGCCACCGUUCCAUCUCAACACCAUGAGCGAGUUUGUUGGUAUGAUUAUGAAGGAGGCAGAUCCAAGUGCAGAUGUUAUAUUCAAGCCGUUUGGGGCAAUGAUGACUGGACCAAUGACGCCACACGGCUCUACUAAAAAGGAGCACGAGGAAGAGAGGAAGAAACACUUUGAGCCAAAGAAGAUUGCAACAGAACCGGUGCUGGCUUUCCUGUUUGAGUCCGAAUUUAUCAUGGGAAUUACAGAAGCGGGAUUACAAAAUGUGGAGAGCAAGUAA